AUGCCUUCGUCUCCCCUAUCUUCACCACAUCUCUGCUUCUUGUUGCUGUUACUCAUCCUGUGCCCUUUCAACACCAUUAAUGCCAUCCCAAACCUCAAAAGACCAAAAGGGUUCUUCCACAAAUCAUCAUUGAAGCAGCAGUCUGCAAAACCAAGCACUGUUUUCCAAGUAACCAAACCCAUCCAUGUCCCCAAUACCGUGCCCUGCAAGAAACUUCUCCUCCAACACGAAUUCAGCUCGACCGCCGAUAACCCCCAAGUUGCAACGGAUUACGAAGGCCCUCCUUCCGCCUGUGGCUCGCACGAUUUCUCCAAGAUUGUCUUGGAAUCGAAGGGGAGUUUCAGCGGAGCACAUGACGAUGGGGCCUUUGCGGUUUGGUUGGGAGGAGUCGAGCUGCUGAGGAGCUCCUCUGCUCAAGGGUUCAACACGUCGGUAACUUGGGCAGCACAGAAGGAUAUCACGAGGUACUCUUCCUUGCUGCUCAAGAAAGAGAAGCAGAAUCUCGUCGUCUUCUUUCGAACUAGUACUAAUCUCGGUCAGAAAUUCAUCGGGGUUUAUCACCUCGCAAUUAGCAUCUCAUUUUACCCUCUUGAGCACAAAGGUCAUGAUCCUGACACAGUUAACAAAGGGUUCCAGACCGAGUCCAAGGCCGAUUUAAUCCUACCCAUUUCUCGAAAUCUCGAGUCGAAAGAGGAUGGAUUGUGGUUUGAAAUUGAGAACUCUACCGACCUGAAGCGCGAGGGAUUCAGGGUUCCACAAAAUGCUUACAGAGCUGUACUAGAAGUGUAUGUGUCACCGCACCAAGACGACCGAUCAUGGUAUUCGCAGUAUCAAUCCGAGUUCUACAAUUCCAACCAAUUUCGGGACGAGGUUGGAAACGGGCCUUUCAGAGACGUGGUGAUCACUUUGGAUGAUAGGAUUGAAGUAGGCGCGAUCUGGCCUUACCCUAUCAUCUAUGGUGCAGGGUAUGAUCUGUGGAACCCUGUAGUCAGCAUACGCAGCUUCGAUUUCCCUUCUUACGACGUCGAAUUGACACCAUUCUUGGGGAAUCUACUCGACGGAAGGAUCCACAAUUUGAGCUUUGGCAUAGGGAAUGCAGCGAAUGUAUGGUACAUCGACGCGAACCUGCACCUUUGGUUGGACAGCAGAAGCAGCAGGACAGAGGGAAAACUCGUGUCGAACUACAGCAAGCCGCUCGAUCUCUCAUCGAAGCUCAAGAUAAAUGGGCCAGUUGCUGGGAAAUCGUGGGUCGAAGCAGAGAGGGUUCUUUCUUCACAAGGAUGGGUACAAUCGUCACACGGUAACAUCACCACUCGUGUUAACCAAAACAUGUCGUAUGCUAACUACAUGGAAAAUAACAGAGAGGACACUCACUUCGGUCGCACAGUAGAACAGUUGAUUCAUUCAAAUGACAGUGUUUCGUUCGUAAAUGAUUCUGCUGCUUCUGAAUUCUACUCGUUUGAGUCGAAAAAGACCUUCAGUUUGCUGAACAAGGAAGAAGUAAAACGGUUGAAAGGAGAAGGGGAUAUCAUCGACAACAUAAACAUCGAGAUAGAGUAUGAUGACGAGACAACACACGAAAGUUCUCGCUCCAAAUCGACGAUAGUGAAUAGCCUGAAAGAUCAACAAAGUGGCACAACAGUUCUGAUCUUUAAGAACUAUACGUUCUUCAGCGCCGUGGAUGCCAUGAAUCAAUCGUACCACUAUCAGAAUGUCGAGGAUAAUACUAAGAUGUGUUACAUCAGGAACAUCAACACCUUCAAUGCCAGCAUUGUUUAUGACAAGGAGAACAGUGAGUGUGCUACAUAA